AUACCCACAAGCAUGCGUGUUUGCUGAGAGUGAGGAAGGGUUCUUGCUGCUCUGUAAUCUCUGGUGACCUGGCCAGCAAUUUCAGAGACAGAAUGGAACCCAUCUUUUACCCCACAGAAGACAACAUGCUGUUUAGCUGCUUUAGAUUGUGGUUUUUAUUUUAGCAUUCAUUUCUGUGGAUUGUGGAAAUUAUAUUUAAGUAGUCAUGGUGCAGAUGCAUUUCUCCACACUGGACUAUGUCAUUUUUGCACUCCUCCUUCUGUUAUCAACAGGAAUUGGACUUUACUAUGCAUUUAGUGGGGGACGCCAGCAGACCACUCAGGAGUUCCUAUUGGCAGACCGCAGCAUGCACUUUCUUCCAGUGGCACUUUCACUUCUUGCUACAUUUCAGUCAGCUGUAGCAAUUUUAGGUGUUCCUGCUGAAAUAUACACAUCGGGUACCGAAUACUGGUUCCUUGGUGUAUCUUACAUACUAGGACUACUUAUUCCUGCACACAUAUUCAUCCCUAUUUUUUAUAGACUCGGACUCACAAGUGUUUACCAGUAUCUGGAGCUACGUUUCAAUACAGCCACAAGAAUAUGUGGUACAGUCACUUUUAUUUUUCAAAUGGUUAUCUACAUGGGUGUGGUACUUUAUGCUCCUGCUCUUGCUCUCAAUGCAGUUACUGGCUUUGAUCUUUGGGGUGCUGUGCUGGCUGUAGGUCUUGUCUGUACUCUAUACACAGCUCUGGGAGGACUAAAAGCAGUGAUCUGGACCGAUGUUUUCCAAACUGUAGUCAUGUUUGCUGGACAGCUAACAGUUAUUGUUGUGGGAGCAUGGCGAGUGGGUGGAAUGGGAGAAGUGUGGAGAAUAGCACAAGAAGGCGGCCGCAUCUCUGGUAUAGAUUUUAACCCAGAUCCUUUUGAGCGGCACACCUUCUGGACCUUGGCAUUUGGAGGAAUUUUUAUGAUGUUAGCACUGUAUGGAGUAAACCAAGCACAAGUGCAGAGAUACCUGAGUUCUAAAACUGAGAAGGAAGCUAUCAAGUCAUGCUAUUUAGUUUUUCCGUGUCAACAGAUUGUUCUAGCAUUGGGAUGUGUAAUGGGUCUUGUGAUGUAUGCACAAUAUAGAGAGAAUAGCCCUCUGGCUAGUGGAUAUGUCAAAAUGCCUGAUCAGAUGGUUUUGUACUUUGUGAUGGAUGUUCUGCAGGACUUACCUGGAUUACCAGGUCUUUUUGUGGCCUGUCUGUUCAGUGGAUCACUGAGUACAAUAUCUUCUGCAUUCAAUUCUCUUGCAACUGUUACUAUGGAAGAUCUGAUCAAGCCGUAUUUUCCUUCUAUGACUGAGAAGAAGGCCACUGUUCUGUCUAAACUCCUUGCUUUAGGAUAUGGCAUUGUUUGUCUGGGAAUGGCCUACAUUGCUUCACAGAUGGGCUCAGUGCUGCAGGCAGCACUUAGUAUCUUUGGAAUGGUUGGAGGACCAUUACUUGGAGUCUUCUGUCUUGGAAUAUUCUUUCCAUGUGCUAAUUCUGUGGGUGCUCUUAGUGGUCUACUGGCAGGACUGGUCAUGGCUUUCUGGAUAGGCAUUGGAAGCCUUGUCUCUAAGAGUUCAUCUUCUGUGCCUUCUGUCAACACUACAGCUUUUCCACAAACAGGAAAUGUAACAAUGACUGCAAUGACAACACUCUUGACGACCGCAGCUACAAAACCACGUCUGUCUGGUUUAAACAAGUUUUAUGCUUUGUCAUAUAUGUGGUACAGUGCACACAACUCAACCACUGUUGUUAUUGUUGGUCUUCUUGUCAGUCUUUUCACAGGCCCAACAAAAGGAAAGGAUGUUAACCCAGACACCAUCUUCCCUGUUCUGAGUUCUUUGCUGUUCUUCCUGCCUGACAAAUACAAAGAGAGACUAAACUGUGGAGUCCGUUUUAGGAAAAAGGUCACUAAUCGUAAUUCCCAGCAGUAUCAGAAACCUGAACAGGAAUGUAACGGUUGUAAAGCCAAUGGUGAACUAGGUAAUACAGAAAGUGAGGAAUCUGAAACUUUAGAGAAUACACAACUGUCAAAUCACAGCACAAAGCAGCAAUACUACCACAUUGUUCAUGAGACAGCAUUAUGAGCCAACGGUCUUCCAAACAUCUGAAAUGGGCAAGGAAAACAAAAUUUCUUAUCACUUAAUCAUGGUUCUUAAUUAAAACAUUUCAAAAGUGUGUUGCUAGUUUUCAGAAAAUAACUGUCAAUUUGUAUUAUGUUUCCAUGAUGUGCAGUCUGCUGUGCCAAUAUUGGAGGCUUUAUAGAAAUUUGAAAUACAGGAGAUUACAUAUAAUAGUUAAGUAUCCAAGCAUUUUCGCUGUUUAGCCAGCAAAAAAUAUAUAUAUUGAUUGUUUUAGGCUGUUGGGCUUCUUUUUCCGGUUAACAAUAUGCCAUGAUGUUCAAUAAUUUGGAAUCCUAGUUUUUAUUAAGAUUAUGACCUGUUGAGUUUGAAACACUCUAUAGAGCUGCACUGAUAUACCUGGCUUAUAUUAAUAUAGUUGCUAAGAUACAAGGCAUUCUAAUGUGGUAUCACUGUGACUAUUCACAUUUUUCUAUAUUUCUCUCCGAGAGAGACAGACCUAGGGAGGGAUGGCAGAAGGGUGUAUUUCAAAGUUUCUUUAUAUGUAUCAAUAUACAGUUUGUGUCUGUAUAUAAUAUAUGUAUAAAUAUAAUGGAGUAAAUGUAUUUGAGUAUUUAUUGAUUACCUCUUCUGUUAAUUUAUAUGUUUAAUUUAGUUUGGAUAUUUUUUCUUAUUGAACGUUUUUUGCUCUUCUGAAUUCUGAUAAAGGUUUUUUUUCUAUCAAAAGAGCUGAAACAGACAAAUCAAGUGAUUCUGAAAAACAAAAGCCUACCACUGUUAACCUGAAACUGUGAUUUCAAACUAUUCUGUAACCUCUUGCUGACUCUCUUUUUUUCUGCUUAUAUAGAGUUGCAGCUCAGUUUUACAUUAAAUAAAAUGUGAACAGACUUGUUUAUUGUUGACAAAGGCAAUAUUAUCUCUGUAAGAAAUGUACAAGCUUGAUUCUUACAGAACUACAAUGUAUCAUUGGGGUAGUUUUAAAAUUCCUAUUUUUGAAAAUGAAAAUGCCAUGUUUUGUGUUGUGCAAAAUAGUAUAGCGGUUUAACAUGAGGAAAAAGAAACUGUUUACUAGAAACCAAAAAAUAGCCUACAUAACUGUUAGCCAUCUUCCCUGAUGAGUGGCACAGAAAUAAAUAAUUCUUGCCCCUACUGUAGUAAGAGACUGGUUUAAUAUAAGAAAUUACAUUAUCUUGUUAUAAAAAUCCUAAAGUUAAAUAUAUUUGCCAAGAACAAACUCUAUCUACUAUGUUAAUAAGUUAAACUCCCAAUCUUAUUACUCCAGUUUUUGCAAGCAUUUAAAAUUUUACUUGUGUUUGCAAAAUAUUCACUUUGAUGAAUACACUUACAUGUUUUACAGACAAAAUAUAACUUAUAUAAAUUAUGUUUUGCAAAGAACAUGUACUUGGGUAUAUUAUGAAAUAAUCAGCAUUUCCGCUUUAAAUUAUUUUUUAUUCCGCAUUCUUCAGUGACUGUUUUUUUCUAAGAUAAAAAACCGUUUCCUUAAUAAAAAUGAAACAUGAUAGUUUGCUAACACAAUGACCUAUAUUGUGAUUGCCAACAUUGACAGCAGGUACUAUAUGAAUGAAAAUGCUAUUUUUAAUUCUGAUCAGUUUAGUUCAGAGAUAAAAUUUUAUUUUAUUAUAGUGGAGCAAGAAAAUAUUAAUGUAAUGUUAGAAAUGUAAGCAUUGUAACUGGCAGCUUUUAACAUUUAUGCCUAGUGCAGUACCCAUUUCUGUGAAACAGCAACAAAUUAUUACUUUAGGUAUUUCCAUAUAGUAAACCAAAUUAAACUAUUUGCAGCACAAAGCUUGUAUUAAAAUGAAAAUCUAUUCAUGAUCAUUUAGCUCAGAUUGUAUUCUAAUAUUUUCAGAACUGUCAAGGAUAAAAUGACACUUUAACAAAGAGGUGAAAUCCUUUUAAUUUGUAAUAUAAGAAAUUAACAUUUAAAAUUCAUUUUCAUUCUAAUACAGUUUGUAUUGCUUUAUUCUGGCAUUCAGCUUUAAAUAGUUGCAUUUUAUUUAAUAGAUUUAGUACAUUACUCGUUAAAUUUCACAUUUAGGUAAAUCAAAAUGUUAAGGGAAAUAUUUUCACUUCCAAAACAGACCAGAGAGCCACAAGACAGUUUUCAAGAUGUCAACAGGUUCUCACACUUAUUUCCUAUCACUCUAAACAAAUGCUGAUAAAUACAGCACAAAAAAUCCUUUCAUUUUCUUUUAAUAUUUUCAAUAAUGUGUCUGCUGUCUAUUUUAAGAAUAUAAACAAUGGUAGUGUUAUGCUUAUUGUUUUAACAAAGAAAAAAGAAUGCAAACAUGAAAUAUAACAUUACAGCUGUGUUAUUGUUAUCAUAGUCUCAGAAUGUUGAAUAAGAAACUAGAGAAUAUACAGUAAUGUAUAGAAUCCCCCCUUCAAAAUAUUCAUAUUUUGUUACUUUGCAGCCUGAAAUGAAGACACACAAAGUCUCCAGCUAUAUUUACUCAGUACAUCUUAUAACAGCCUAGUGAAAGAUGUAAAAGCAACUGAAUCCCUGAGAUGGUUAAAGGACCAAAAAAUUAACUUGUAAAGUCAGUCAGGUGUAAAUAAUCACCUUCUCCUUUGUACACCAGGUUAAUUGGCUUCUACCUGUGAUCAAUUGUAAUAAUUCUGAUUAGUUCAGCAUAAAAACCUGCCAUUCCUAGAGCAUUCCAGUGCUUGGAAGUGUAACUGAAAGCAAAGAUCAACUAUGUGUGGCAAGGCACUAAUGGAGGAUCUCAGGGAUAAAGUUGUGGAGAUCAAUACAAAAAAGUUUCAAAGUCUUUAUCAAACCCUUGGAGCACAGUAGAGUCCAUAAUGAAUUGAAAGUGUUUGGUACUAUGAGGCCCCUGCCUAAGCGUAAGGCAGAAACUGGUCAGAGAGGGUGCUUAGAGACCUAUGGUAACUUUGAAUCAGUUACGGGAAAUUUGGCAAAGAGUGGUUGUUGUGUACGUGUAACAGCAAUAUCAGAAUUGCUCCACAAAUGUGGCUUGUUUGGGAGGUUUGCAAUAGAACAAAUUGGGAUUGGCCUCCUCUAGACUUUCCUCAUAUACUCAGAAAUGGCGAUAGAUAUUUGGGGAAUAAACCACAAGACAAUGAUUAUAUUUUUAUAUUAUGUACAUUAAAGAACCAUUAACAAUAAAUCAAAUUAAUAAU